GUCCGAUCUCAGGAGGCAAAAACUCCGUUUUGAUUGGAACGUUUUCUGUUGAGCGUGACUUAGCGACUUGGAAUUAUAACAAUCUGACAUCUUCCCCAGAUUCAAUCUCAAUCUCAUUUCAUUCAUCUGUUUAUCUUUCAGUUGAUACUUGGGAAUCGAACAUGGAGUCUUUCAAAGCCAUUGUUGUUGGCGCUGGGCCAGUCGGGAUGGUCCUGGCUCACGCGCUUCAAGUCUCUGGCAUCGACUACGUGCUUGUUGAACAGCGCUCUCAAAUCCCUCCUGAUCCUGCUUAUGGCUUAUUUUUAUGGCCUCAUAUUAUGCGAAUCUUUCACCAACUGGGAAUUCUUGAAGCUGUUGAAGCUGUCGCGCAGCCUAUGGUUGAAGCGGUUCAUAGAUCAAUUGACGGCAGUGUUAUUCAUCGCUCCAGAGGGUUUGAAGAGCUCGGCGCACUGUUCGGAUAUCCUAUGGCUAUUUUUAACAGAGGUGAUUUUGCCUCGGCGUUGAUGAGCAAGCUUGCAAACAAGGACCAACGCGUCAAGACAAACAAGCGCCUCACCAACGUCAUACACCACGACAACGGUGUAACAGUCGAAUUCGCAGACGGUACCACAGAAGAGGGAUCAGUUGUCAUUGGCUGCGACGGUGUCUGGAGUAGUGUCCGCGAUCAAAUGAAAGCGAAAGCACCAAAAGGCCUCUUCGACGAGAAUCCCAACCCAUUUCAAGCACCCCACGCCGGCGUCUUCGCCAAGGCUCUAUGCCCCAAGGAACUCGAGAGUGGUAGGAACAUUAAUGUUUACCAAGAUGGGUCUCACGUUCAGGUCUUUACUGGUCUGAGAGAGGCUCAGAUUAUUGUGUAUCAUCGCAUUCCUACUGCGAGAACAAAAACGUUCUUUGGCCAGAAUGAUGCUGAAGAGGCGGCGAAGCCUUGGAUGGAUGUCCCGGUCGGAGAGGGAAUUACGUUUGGUGAUUUAUGGAGGAACAAGAUUGCUGGAGGUAGUGCGAACUUUGAUGAGGGUGUUUUGCCGUGGUGGCAUUGGGGACGUAUGGUUCUUGUCGGUGAUGCUGCUCACAAGAUGAACCCUAUCAGAGGUGCAGGAGCAUGCUGCGGCAUCGAAGACGCCAUCGCUUUAGUGAACGGCCUCAGCCGGCUGCUUCACUCAGAUGCCAACCCAUCAGACCGCAAGCUCCGCCAGACUUUCCUUGCAUAUCAGUACGAGCGAGAGGCUGCCGCGAAGUUAUGGAACGAUAUUUCUGGGCUGAACCUAGAACUAUGCAUCGGUGCCAAUCAGCCCGCACUGAAAGCGCAGGGCGUUGCUGAUUACAGAACUAUUCCUCUGGUUGCGGAUGGACCUAUCUUGCAAAAUGUUCCGUUUGACGAGAAGAGAGGGUUUGUUCCGUGGACUAGGAAGACUCGCAAGUCUAAUGAUAAGACUAAAGCGCGCCUGUAGUUUGGAGAUGGUGGUCUAUUAUAAUUGGCGGUCAUGGGGCAUCGUAUAGUACAUCAAGGAUUAGCGCGCUCGGGAAGGGUAGGCAAGAUAAAUUUAAUCACUU